AUGAGUGUCAACGAUGGAGAGCAUCAUGAGGGCGACGAUUCGGUGUCGUCUUCUGAUGGAAGCUUCAUGCCUCCUGUGUUGAGUGACUAUGCUAAUCAGCUCUUGUUCGAAGAUAAGGAAAGACAGAGCAGAUUACAGUAUUUGCAACAACAAGAAAGUUACCAGGAUAGUAGAGGUGCCAAUGUCGGGUACCAACAGAGCCAUCAUUAUAAUCAGGGAUCGGUUGGACUCCCUAAUGGGGAUUACAGUCCGGUGGAUAAAAUGGUUAUAAGUCCACAAGUUCCUAAGACUUCCAGACGAGAGCUCUCAGGAAGUCCUCAUAUGAACUCUUCAGGUGGAAUCUCGUCAUCAUCGCUGGGUACUUCUCCUCUUGAGUCGUCAGAUAAGAUUUCCAAUGCCUCAACGACGCCGGGAAUCAGACCAGCUGCUACUUUAUUCACACGAGCUCCAGCUGCCGAUAUGACGUCUCUACGUACUACUACCAUGCGAUCCAAACGGUUUGGAAGCAAUGCAUUUAAUAAACGACUGGGUAAACCGCUAAAUUUCAAGGGUCUACCUUCAGCCAACCCGAACACAACAUCUAAUUCAACAUCUACCGCGAUAUCGUCAAUGGCACAGCUCUCUGUAUCAUCAUCAACAGCAACAUCAUCCAAUCCAGCAUCUAAUACAGCAUCAAUGCAUCAGCCACUGCCAGCGACUACUACAUCGUUCUCUGCUGGAACAUCGUCCAUGUCAAUACCAGCUACUUCAUUGGCGACGACUACGGCAACGCGACCAGCAAAUAUAUACAGCUCAUUAUCAGGAGUCGACGAGGAUCGUAAUCCAAAUCUAUCACCGAGCACCAAACGGAGCACCACUCGCAUCAGAUUUGCAGAAGAACAUCAAGAAAUCGCUCAUGAUUCUCCACGACGAAGCUAUCUGCUGCGUCAUAGCAAAAGCUCAGAUAAUAAUAGCCAAUAUCAUGACAGCGAUAUUGGCGAGGCAAACAGUUCUGUGAGUUCGAACUCGUCCAAAAGAGAUAGAAGAGACUGGUCCAGUAGGGCCACUACGCCAGUUGGCGAUACUAGUAGACACAGUUCAAGUUCGAAAAGCGACCACUCGCAGUACGAUGCGAAUCCACAGCAGGGCAGUUUGUCUCAAUUCCGUGCACAGGAUGAACGACCGGUACUUCAAAGCAUUUCUCCUAAUAUACCCGUAAACCCAGGCAAUCGAUUUGGAUCCAAAGUUCCACCUCCAAAGCUGGAAAACUGGGCCAACGUCAAAACGUCUUCAUUAUUCUCCUCUAACGAGCUCCAUGAGUAUCAUAAUAAUCAUCAUAAUCAUCACGAGGUGCAAGAGCCAGAGCGGCCAGCACCUCCUGUACCAACUGACAGAGCCGACAGAGCAGCACGUAUAGAGCGAUUCGAAAAAGCCGCUGAACAGCAAUCAGUAGCACAAUUACAUGCUGCUCACAACCUGGGAACAGACAGACCACGACAGUCUAGUGAUCGCAGCAAAACCAAAAAGAAUAUGAUGGCAAUCAACAACCGACUCUAUCAGCGACUGGAACUUCUAGGAAGAGGUGGGUCGUCCAAAGUGUAUAAAGUACAAUCCAACGAAGGCAAGGUAUUUGCAGUGAAAAAAGUGACUUUUGAAGACGUGGAUGAAUCAGUAAUCAGCGGGUUUAAAGGUGAGAUCGAUCUGCUACAACGAUUACGGAACGAGGAUCGGGUGGUGAAACUGGUCGACUAUGAAAUGCACGACACCUCAGUAUAUCUCGUAAUGGAGUGUGGAGAAAUCGACUUGGCACACGUACUCUCAGCACGACUGAAUUCACAAUUGGACAUCUCGUUUGUACGAUUCUAUGCUACCGAGAUGCUGCGAUGUGUAGCAGCAGUGCAUAACCAGGGCAUUGUCCACUCGGACUUGAAACCAGCGAACUUUCUUCUUGUCAAGGGAAUGCUGAAGAUUAUUGAUUUUGGCAUUGCAAACGUAGUUCCCGACUACACAGCCAAUAUCCAUCGAGACACUCAAAUAGGAACCCCGAACUACAUGGCACCCGAGGCAUUACUGGACGCCAAUCAAUUCGGACCGGGUUCUGGCACCGAGACAGCUGCCAAAUUCAAAGUUGGCAAACCCUCGGACGUGUGGAGUUGCGGAUGUAUCAUCUACCAAAUGGUCUACGGCAAACCACCCUACGCAGCAUACAGCGGAGCUCAGCGCAUGCUGGCUAUUAUGAACCCCAAAGUGCAAAUCCAAUACCCCAAACACGGUCUGGGAGGAGUUCGUGUAUCCCGCGAUGCCAUUGAAACCAUCCGAGGCUGUCUCCACCGAGACCCCGCUGCCCGAAUGACGGUCGAAGAGGUUCUCGAGGGUUCAUUCCUGAACCCUCAAGCGGUCGACCGAAGUUUCAUCCGGACGCUACUCGAGCACGCCGUCCAAUACGGAGCCACCCGCAAAGAGCCCAUCCUACCCCGCGAAGUAGACAUGCUCACCGACGACAUUUGGAAAAAGAUCCAGCUAUCCAAUAGAUAA